AGCGUCUUCAUCCCCAGCAAUCUUGUCUCAAGACCUCAAGAGUGAGACGUACGGUACAUGAAUACAGUGCUCUCUUUCGCAAGGACCUUCUUCGUCUCUGCGCGCCACAUCUCUGUCUCACAUCAGCUCGCUCCUAAAUCUCGAACGAUGGCCACCACCAACAUGCCACGUGAUCCUAAUACCCUCUCAAACUACAACAACUGGCGGACGAAGAAUACUAUCGCCGACUUCACUAUCGAUUUCAAGAAGCAGCGGCUCACAGGAUUUGUCGAUCUGCAGUUGGAAUCCAUCACAGACAAGGAGUCCGAAGAGAUCAUUCUUGACACCAGCUUCCUGGACAUCACGGCCAUCGAAAUAAAUGGCACGAAGGCCAGUGACUGGACUGUCAAAGACCGCUCUGAGCCCUAUGGUAGUCCCCUCUCCAUCAAAGUUCCCGCCCUCGCCAAGGGACAGUAUAGCUACCUGAGGAUUGAAGUCUCAACGACAGCCCAAUGCACUGCACUGCAAUGGUUCACUCCAGCCCAGACAUCGAACAAAAAAUACCCCUACAUGUUCUCUCAAUGCCAGGCCAUCCAUAACCGCUCCAUUUUUCCAUGCCAAGAUACACCCGAUGUAAAGAGCACAUAUGACUUCCGCAUCCGGUCCCCUCUGCCAGUGGUAGCAAGUGGCCUCCCCACCGGAGCAUCCAGCUUCGAGCAUGGAAAAGAUGGAGAAUCAGGGACACUGCUCUACACCUUCCGCCAAGAGAUCCCAAUGCCGUCCUAUCUCUUUGCCAUUGCGUCAGGCGACAUCGCCACCGCCUCGAUCGGACCACGUUCUCUCGUUUCCACUGGCCCUGAAGAAUUGUCUGACGCGAAAUGGGAGCUGGAAGCCGACACAGAGAAGUUCAUCGAGGUUGCGGAGAAGCUUAUCUUCCCGUAUCAGUGGACACAGUAUAAUGUUCUCGUGUUGCCGCCCAGCUUCCCGUAUGGAGGGAUGGAGAACCCGAUUUUUACAUUCGCAACGCCGACGAUUAUUAGUGGUGAUCGUGAGAAUGUUGAUGUUAUUGCACAUGAGUUGAGUCAUUCUUGGAGUGGCAAUUUGGUUAGCAAUGCGAGUUGGGAACAUUUCUGGCUGAACGAAGGUUGGACGACGUACCUUGAAAGAAGAAUUCAAGCAGUUGUCCACGGUGAACCUCAACGAGACUUCUCGGCUAUCAUUGGUUGGAAGGCUUUAGAGGACUCCGUCAACAAUUUCGGCGAUGAUCACGAGUUCACCAAGCUCGUUAUCGAUCUUAAGGGGAAGGAUCCUGAUGAUGCAUUCAGCAGUAUCCCGUAUGAAAAGGGAUUCCACUUCCUGUACUACCUAGAAAAACUCGUUGGCAAGGAGACCUGGGACAAAUUCAUUCCUCAUUAUUUCACCACAUGGUUGAAGAAAUCCCUCGACUCCUACGAUUUCAAAGCUACUCUUCUCGACUUCUUUAAAUCGGACAAUGAAGCUUCCAAAAAGCUUGAGUCUGUUGAUUGGGAUAUGUGGUUCUACAAACCUGGCCUGCCACCAAAGCCCAAAUUUGACACAAGUAUGGUCGACAAAUGCUACGACCUAGCCAAGAAUUGGGAGUCCAAGGAUUUCACACCAAGCCCCACAGACAUCUCAGGCUGGACCGCCAACCAAAUCGUCGUCUUCCUGGAAGCCGUCCAACGCUUCAAGACCCCCCUGACAGCUACCCAAUCCCAAGCAAUGGGCAAAGCCUACUCCCUCGGCACAUCCCGCAACGUCGAGCUCUCCUUCCGCUACUUCGGCAUCGGUUUGACCGCCAAGGACGAGACGGUUUAUCAGCCUACGGCAGAGUUGCUGGGCAAGGUUGGACGGAUGAAGUUCGUGAGACCGUUGUAUAGGAAGUUGAAUAAGGUUGACCGCAAACUGGCACUGGAGACGUUUGAGAAGAAUAAGGAUUUUUAUCAUCCUAUUUGUAGGGAUAUGGUGGACAAGGAUUUGAAGGAGGGAUGAUGCAGCCGAGUCAGACGAGUCAUGAUCAAUUGAGCAGCACACGAAACCCUCAUCAUAAGCAGCAG